AUGGGGGCACUGGAUGCCAUAUAUGGGGAAGAUUUCAGGCGACUGGAAGACCAAGGGCGCUGUGAGAUCUACAUCCCAUCAGCAUCGGCCAGUCAUCGAUUGACCCUUGAAGUUCAAAUGCUGCCAACCUACCCAAUGAUGGACCCUCCUUGGAUAUCCCUUGCAGCCUCUCAUAUCCCUGAAGCAGUUAAGGAGUGGGCUCUUGCAGAGCUACAUCAGCAGUUCAUCCCAGGUGAAGUCGUUUUGUACAACUGGGUAGAGUGGCUGAGGGAGCAAUCCGAUCACUGGACGCCCUGCGCAGAAAGCAAUGAGGAAAAUUGUGUGAAGACAGACGAGGCACCACUGAAGGAAGAACCAGCGAACGCUUUAGAAAUGGAGCACAGAGACAGCCAUGACGCUGUUGGUAAUGACAAGAACCCAAAAUAUGAGGCACUACGGGCGAGCGUCGUCCAUGGACAUCCCUUUACAGAGAAGAAGUCGACUUUCCAGAGCCAUCUAUGCCCAGUUAAUUCUCGUGACCAGGUGGAGGCAUUUGUGGGGAUCUUAAUGGACGACCGCAAAGUCCGUGACGCCACACACAAUAUCUUGGCCUACCGCAUUCACGACACCCAAAGGAACACCUUCAUCCAGGACUGCGACGAUGAUGGCGAAGCAGCAGCAGGGGCAAGGCUACUCCACAUGUUGCAGAUUGCUGACGUUCAAGACGUCGCGGUGGUCGUAACCCGCUGGUUCGGCGGCACUUUGCUGGGACCCCUUCGCUUCAAGCUCAUAAACAACGUCGCCAGGGACCUGCUCGUGGACCACGGCUACAUCGCCAAGAGCGAGGGCGGCAAAACUGGAAAGAAAAAGAAGAAGAAAUGA